CCGGUGACGGAGACGGAGAAAAUGUCAUAUUGACAGCGUCGUAGUUUGAUCAACGAGGGAGCGGCAGCUGUGCAAUUGUUCCUUGUUUGAGGAAUGUGGGUGUAAGAAAAUCGAUGUCGUCCAGCAGCAGCAGAAUCGCAGCAGCGGCGGCGGCGGCGGCGGCGGCGGCGGCGCGCAUGCGUUUACCGCGGGAUUGGGCUCAGCCGCCGCCCCCCGAUGCCGCACAGCCGCAGUUCUAGUGCGAAAUGGAGCACGUCGUGUCACUGGACCAGAGCCGCAAGGGGCUCGCUGCCUUCUUCACCAUCGACCUGCCGUGCGCCAUACAACUCAUGGACAUCUGGGCACGAAGUGGGAAGUGCCACCCGCCGUCGCGCACGCAGCAGGAGUAUAACCCGCCCGUGAUCCCGGCCCGACUCGACCAGGUACAAUUGCUGCGUGCCACUAUGCGUGGCGUGCGCUCCACAUACUACCAGCAAUGCCGGCUGCUGGCCCUCGUCGACCUCUACGAAUCGAUUGAUUUCGGUUCGAUGAGCGACAUGAGGGCGGAUGACAUCAUCAACGAAGCCUAGUCCGAGCUCGUGCAGGCUGCCGAGUUCCUCGUCG